AUGAGCGCCGCACUAGCGGUCUUGCCUCCACUUGUGGCCACAAAAUUAGCAAUCAUCAGAAGCUUUCUAGUGACGCCGCCGCCGCUUCUUGCUCUUCCGUGCACCAGCACUCAUCACCCCCACACCUUACACCUGCGUGCACCAGCUCUCAUCACCCCCACACCUUGCACCUCCGUGCACCAGCUCUCAUCACCCCCACACCUUGCACCUCCGUGCACCAGCUCUCAUCACUCCCACACCUUGCACCUCCGUGCACCAGCUCUCAUCACCCCCACACCUUGCACCUCCGUGCACCAGCUCUCAUCACCCCCACACCUUGCACCUCCGUGCACCAGCUCUCAUGACCCCCACACCUUGCACCUCCGUGCACCAGCUCUCAUCACCCCCACACCUUGCACCUCCGUGCACCAGCUCUCACCACCCCCACACCUUACACCUCCGUGCACCAGCACUCAUCACCUCUACACCUUGCACCUCCGUGCACCAGCUCUCAUCACCUCCACACCUUGCACCUCCGUGCACCAGCUCUCAUCACCACCACAAACACCUGUCCACCCAACAGUUCCACUGACAAUAUAA